AUGCUUGAUUACAAAAGCUUUCUUUUUCGAGUUCCCAAAAGACACCAAAACACUUGCUCUUGGGUGAUAGAUAACCCAUCGUUUUUGGAAUGGAGGGACGGUAAGACUAGCAAUGCAUUUUGGCUGCACGGCUAUCCAGGCCUGGGAAAAUCAGUGGUUGCCAAGUUUGUUCUGGAAACAUUGAGUGAAUAUGCUAGCUCAGGUCAAUUCACGGGCUCUUCCAAGCCCUUGGUUUGCUAUUUUUUCUGCUCCGAUACGGAUGAUCGAGCCAAAUGUCCCCGAAAUCUUGUCGCCUCUAUCAUCUAUCAGCUUCUAUACGAAGAUCCUCAGUUGGCGAAAGGUUUAAAGAAAAAAUACACAACAAUCACCGAUGAAUUUACGAGAUCAGUUUGGGAACUAUGGAAUGUUCUUGGUCUAGUGCUGGCAGAUCUACGCUCUCGUCCCCUUUACAUUGUGAUUGACGCCCUUGAUGAGCUUGAGAAACCUUCAUGGAGAACGUUUCUGGAAGAGCUCCGAGACACCAUUACACCAUCAAUGAGAAAUAUCCGGUUAUUCAUUACAAGCAGGACAGAGCCUGAUAUAGAAAAAAUCGUCUCUAGCUGGAAUGCUGUGAACCUGACUAUUAAUGACUCUUCAGGAAAUCGAAGUGGUCUUUCAAUUUUCCUCCGGGAUGUCGUCCACGACUAUGCGGCGGAAAAUUCUUUUGAUAAAGAAAUCACCCGCACGAUCUGCGAAGAGCUCGUUACUCGUGCAGAUGGAAUGUUUCUAUGGGCUUCUCUUGCUUGGGAGCAUUUCAAGGACGGCGUUGGGUCUUGGAAGAUAACUGUUCUGCGCCAAAAGCUCGAGGAACUACAACAGCUUCCACCAGGGAUGGAAAAUCUCUAUUUCCGCUUGCUAAGCACCGUGGACAAACGAGUUCAGUGGGAACUUAUCCACAUUCUCCAUUGGCUAGUAGCCGCCCGGCGACCUCUUUCAAUUGCGGAAAUAUCAGUGGCUCUAGCCUUAAAGGAGGAGCCUGAAAAGGUUCAAGACAUGGAUGUGAGGGUCUCACUUCGAGCUUUUCUUAAACGAACAUGUCCGCAUAUGAUUCGAAUAGAUCAAGCGGGCAUGCUUACUGUUGUCCAUCAAUCUUUCAAGGAUUUCUUGCUACAAGUACGCUAUAUUAACCAGAAGGAGCCUAACCCGUUUCACAUCAAUAUUAUCCAAGCAAACCGCCAGCUUGGCAGGGAUUGUAUGGUAUAUGUUGGCCUGGAAGAAUUGGCCCAAGAUAAAGAAGAGAUCUGGGUUUUCCUUGAUAAUACUAAUGUGCGCCACCCAAAUCCUGCUUUUUUGGAGAAAUACAUCUUUCUGGACUACGCAUCAUUGUUCUGGUCAUCGCAUAUCAAAGGCGUGGACGAUGACCUCCCGUUUUAUCGAAAUUUUUUGCGAGUAGUGGGGAAUAAGAAAAGCUACCAGGCAUUGUGUUUCUCAAGACAUAUCCAUUCAGCAGAAGACUUGCCAUUAUUCACCGCAGGCAAGGCUGACUUGUUCGGUUUAAUGCGACGCUUGGUCGAAGAUGGACACGACAUUAAUGCAUUGAAUAGAGAAUCCUCCAUAGUUCACCUAUGGGGCUGUGAUUUAACUACUUCUCGACUCCGAGUUCUCCUUGAACUCGGGGCAGAUAUGAACGCUGUCAACUCCCUCGGAUAUACGUUCUUGACAAAUCUUUCUCGGCUAGGUCGUGCGAACGAUCUCAGAGAAAUACUGAAAUAUCCUGAAUUUGAUGUCAAUGCAGGUGGCAGUCAGAGAAUGACACCUCUCCAUGCGGCUGUAAUUCACAAGCCUCAAAAAGCCCAGGAACUACUAGAUGCAUUGAUGACACGGCCAGAGCUUGAUUUUGACUCGGAAGACUCAAGCGGCCGUACCCCAUUGACCUUCGCUAUUCAUUGGGGAAAGGAAGCAAUUGCAAAAACUUUGCUAAAAAAUCCGAAAGUUGACAUUGCGAAGGCCAGGAUGCAGGGCGAAAGUCCACUGAUCAAUGCAACAUGCCAAUGCUGGACGGAAAUCGUGCUCUCAAUUCUCAAUCGUUUGGAUAACAUCGAUGGUUUCUGUGACUCAAGCGGGAGGACUAUUCUCCAUUGGACGAUUAUUGUUGGCAUGGAUGAUGCUUUGAAGCUGGCUUUGACAAAGGAUUGCUCCAUUCUUGAGGCCUCUGAUAAUCGGGGUAUGACAGCUCUUCAUUACUCAGCUCAUGAAGGGCAGUAUCAUGCAACGGAGCUUUUGAUAUCUCAAGGCGCUCGCCCUAGGGGUCGAACUACCUUUGGUGAAACUGUCCUUCAUCUAGCUGCUGCGCGGGGUCAUGAACGGAUUCUGCGACUUCUUCUCAAGAAUACUGAAGAUCCUUCUAUUAUCAACGAAAAGGAUUUGAUGGGAUGGACAGUAGCGCAUCGUGCUAUAAUAUCAGGGAAUGAGGAUUUAGUAAAAUACCUUGUUGCGCUGGAAAUUGUCGAUUGGACCAAGGUUGACAGGCAUGGUCGAACACCCCUCGCAUUUGCUGCAGCUUUUGCUCCAUUGUCAAUUCUCCAGAUUGUGCUGGGUGCGAGAAAGCAGGCCAAUGGCAUUUGCUUCAUAGAUGCCUUUGGGAAUACGCUCUUGCAUCUAGCAGCCAGUGGCAACAAUGAGUCCACGCUACCAUUCAUCCUUGAGAGACUUUUGGACAAGGGCAACCAGCCUAACAAGUGGGGUAAAACAGUGUUAGACCUGAUCCCUUUGACAUCACCUGCGCGAGAAACAUUAGUAAAGGCCGGACUACGACAUUCAAAACAGUUCUCUGAGAGAGUUGCCACGUCUUUGUCCAAGAAAGAGGUCAGAGAGGAAUCUCCCGACCGUUCGGAUUGGCAACUUCAGGUUUUGCCUCCUGACUAUGAAUCAGAAGAGAAUUACGGGGACAAUCAACCUGAUAUUCAAUUGAGCGAGACUCCACAAUGGAUUGAACCCGUAAUAACUUGA